AUGCCAUCCGAGAGCGCCGCCGCCGCCGCCGCCGCCGCCAUGAACAGCGUUGGGGAGGCUUGCACCGACAUGAAGCGCGAGUACGACCAGUGCUUCAAUCGCUGGUUUGCCGAGAAGUUCCUCAAGGGGGACGGCUCCGGGGACCCGUGCACUGACCUCUUCAAGCGCUACCAGCAGUGUGUUCAGAAAGCAAUAAAGGAGAAGGAGAUUCCCAUUGAAGGACUGGAGUUCAUGGGCCAUGGCAAAGAAAAGCCUGAAAGCUCUUCUUGACCUUGACAGUCACCUUGAAAAUGGACUCCUCGAAUCAGGAAAUUGAGAACUCUGGAUUGUGUCAAUUAAAGCUGUGAAGCGAUCCAUUUGAUGAGUUUAGGAGGGAGCAGUUUCCUCAUUGAUAUUUUUCACUGUUAAUGAACUGUCACUCUUUGCUUUGAGAUUUCUGGCUUUGGCAUCUCUGCAGAAACUCAACGUGCUAAAUAAUGUGAUCAUUUAGGAUUGUGGUUGCAAUACUUGGCCUGUGAUGAGUUUUUAAAAUACCUGAUAAGCUUGUCAGGAUGAGCAAGUUUCCCGACCUCUUGAGUUAUGCUGCAAAGGACAUGUACACUGUACUGGAGUUAUUGUCCAUGGAAGCAACUGCUUAGGAUCUCUUUUCUCUCAGGGAGCUUAUGCUCUGGAAAAGGUUCCCAGCACAUUUUCAAUAAUGCUUGGGAGCAGAGUUUUACUUUUAUAUAGUAACUUAACUGUUAAGAUUGCUGGUGGACUGGGUUAACCUAGAGGAAGACAGCUUUUAACAGUUCCCUGCCUUAACAAAUAGUGUCAGAUCUCACUAAGAUGUGAAAGCUUCAAGAAUUCUGCAGUGAGCACCAUACUUUCAUAGCUCAUACUGUAGUUCAGAAAUUAAGAUCCUUGGAGUAGCUAUGGAGGAUUAUCUUAUAUUGCAAAGACUUGCUGUUGCCAGCUUUCACCCUAAGUUGAUGAGUUAAGUUAACUUGUAUGUCAUAAAAAUGCCAAAAUGCUGCAUCUGGUUAAAUGGGGGAGAGAAAAGUUUGCUUUAUUUUCCUUGUCUGCUCCCCCUGCCCUGUAAUGUCUGUAAUUAUGAAGCUGGAAUAAAUUUCUAUUAUUUGCCCCUGGAACUCAGUGCACUUUAUGGAAGUUAUCACCCUGUAAUUCCACAUAUCCCAUGUAGACACCGGGGAGAGUUUUACAUGUUUUUAUGAUUUAAAAAUGAAGGUUUACCUAAGCUAGGUAGUAUGGUACAGCAGUUGGAAACCUCAUUGAUUUCUAAAAUUUCCACAAUAAGCUACACAAAUACCUUCUUUAGAAGUUUACAUACUGGCACACACACAAAAAGUCAGAAUGAGGUGAGCACCUACGUACUUUUAGAAUGUCAUGUAGUCUCUACAACUGCAAAUCUUGAAUGAUUUGGUUCUGUUUUUUAUGUGCCUAUAUAGUAUGAAACUUGACUUACAGAAGGCCUCGAUUCUAUUAUCUCCUCUUCACUUCAUCAAUUAAGAAUUUCAUAUUUAACGUGACCAGCCCUUAAUGUCAUUAUAAUACAUUUUACAUUGAUUAUUUUGACAGGUUAAGGUCCAUUAUACUAAAGAUAUUUGGAAUGCAGCUGAGGGAGAAACCUGGAGUUAAGUAUAUCUGUCCUGAAAUAAGACUGGCCACAAGCCAGUCAAAACCUUAUAUAUAGCCUCUCGAAUCUUACCACAAAAAUGUCUGGUUGAGCCUUGAGAAUAAAACAAAUAUUACUGUAAUUGCUAAUGAAGGAAUAAUUUUUUCUGAUUGUUAUAUCCAACUAUCAGCUACUUCAAAGGUUUUAAACUGUGAAGAGGAAAAUCUUAAUUGCUCUUUAACAGUGAGUUUGUAACUAUUACUAUUGUUUCUCCUAAAUCUUAUGGCUACAGGAAGGUUUUAAUUCCAGAAACCAAUAAAGCCUGUACUACAUGCAGAAA